CUACCAUAGUCUCUCACUUUUGAAGGACAAUUUAGACGCUGAGAUUUGCCGUUUAGCUUAGAAUGAUUCUGGUAAGACUCCGAUUGGUUGGCUAAGAAGCGCACGGUGCAGGUGUAACCAACUUAUUUUCUUAUUUUGAUUCAUACUGUACAAAUGCGUGCGUUCUUUCGUAACGAUAUACAAUUAAAAUAAGCAGGAUUUAAUGUGUUAAUGUAUUAGUAUAUACGUGAUUAAUUUCCCAUUGAUUUAAAAAUUCGUGUCAAUACGCACUCGGCAGCUGCUUUGCACAACACCAAUCCGGAGAAUUACCGGUGGGAGCUAGGCGACAUUAGGCUCAGCUGGCCUCAUCAGAGUGGUCCUAUCCGUCUAAGUGUUCGAGUGACAGCGUUUGACGGGUGAGUUAGCCAUGGGUCGUAAGCUGGACCUGUCUGGUCUCACACAGGAGGAGGCGGAGCAUGUGCUGCAGGUGGUCCAGAGGGACAUGAGGCUCCGCAAGAAGGAGGAGGAGCGCCUCAGUGAGAUGAAGCUGGAGCUGGAUGAGGAGGGUAGCCGCUGCUCCCUGCUGUCUCGCCAGCGCCACUUCAACGAGCGCUGCUGCAUCCGCUGCAGCUCCCCCUUCAGCUUCCUGCUCAACCCCAAGAGGUCCUGCCGGGACUGUGGCUACAACGUCUGCAAGGCCUGCCGCGCCUACAGCAAGAAGGACAAAGCCUGGCUCUGCUCCGUCUGCCAGAAGACCCGGCUACUGAAGACCCGGUCACUGGAGUGGUACUACAACAAUGUUAAGUGUCGCUUCAAGAGGUUUGGCAGUGCCAAGGUGCUGAAGACCCUGUACAGGAAACACCUUGCAGAGCAUGGGACGCUAGCUGAGCUAACAGAGGGCAGCACCUACGAGGAGAGUAUUGGCAAUGACGACAGUAUAUGUGGCAGCGACUCAACAUUUUACAGACAAAGUGAAGAGCACAGCAUGGCAGAGACCCUGACGGUGGCAAUGAGAGUGGCAGAGGAGGCCAUAGAUGAAGCCAUCUCAAAGGCUGAAUUCCACACUGACAACCAGGCGAAGCAGAAUGAAGCUCAUUACCUGCAGCUGCACAGACAGGAACUCAUUGAGGAACUGGCCAAAACAAUUGUGCAAAAUGUCAUUCGGAGGAGGAGGAACCUGUCAGAGGGGAAGCCAGAGCUGGACUGGCGCUCUGACCAGAGCAGUGAGCAGUGUGCUGCCUGUCCUGCCUCCCACAGCAGCCAGCCCCCCAGCGGCCAGCCCCCCAGCGGCCAGCCCCCCAGCGGCCAGCCCCCCAGCAGCCAGCCCCCCAGCGGCCAGCCCCACAGCGCCCUCAAAGUCUUUAGGUCCCACUCUGCCUUUUCCCUGUUGGACACCAGCCCUGGAGAGCUGCCGCCAGGGCUGGAUCCCUCCCAGGGGCUGAAGAAGGAAGGGGGAGGGGCUGCCAUCACUAACUGGAAGAGUGUAGACCGCCUGGAUAACUCUAUGCUGAAGAGUCCUGACGGUAACUGGAUGGCCCUGCAGAGCACCCAGUUGUCCCGGCCCAGCCUGCUCACUAAGAGGAAGAGCCUGGUCUACAGCGUCCUGGAGAGGGAGUCCGGGGUGGUCUCCGCCUACGACGAGAUGGGCUCAGACACCGAGGCCGAGGGCGCCUGGGGCGCCGCCCUGCUGGAGAUCCGCAGGAAGAUGAACUCUGGCGCCCUCCUCCUCUCAGACUCCGAGGAAGGCAAGAACUCCAAGUCCCAGAAGUCCAUGCUCUCCCUGCUGAAGAGGAAGGUUCCCAUCGAGCACAGGCGCACCGGCACAGCGUCGCCCCGGAGACGGAGUGUCAUCGACAUGAACUUUAACCCCGAGGGGCCGGAGAGCAGUGGGGCGGAUGAACUGGAGGUGAACAAGGGCAGGAGGUUGAGGAAGAAGAAAAGGACUAAGAAGGACCAGGCGUCCCUCUCUUCCUCCGUGCCGGAGUACAGCACCAGGCUACUGGAAGCCCUGGUGAAAAAGCAUGCUGGGAAAAAGGAGAGCCAGUCUAGCUAUGUCUCUGAUGCAGUCACCCCGGACACCUUGACCUCCGAUGGUUUGACCUCUGGUGCCCUGACCCCUGACCCGUUUGACCCCGAGGUGGGGCUCACAGAAAACACGGAUGGGUCAGCAGCUAAAGCUGCCACAAUGAAUGAAGAACUGAACGUCAAACUGAGACAGCUGGCCGGCAGAGUGAGGGGGAAUCAGCCCACAGAGCAUUGGCUUGAUGAGGGGAGAGAGAACAAACAAGAGAGGCAUGGAGUGCAACAGGAAGUGGAGGACGGAAGAUUUCGGGACACGGAUGUAGAUAUGGAGAGAGGGCAAAUGGACGAGGUUAUGGAAGAAAGGAGAGGAGGGAGGGAAGGCGAGAAGGAAGAGAUGAUGUUCAACCUGUGCAGGCUGGCUGCUCAGUCCAGCGUGACACAGUUUUCAUCAACUGAGGAUGAGCUGGACCGGGUGGGAAGGAGUGAGGGCGACUGGGAAGAAGAGAGGGAUGAAGAGAUGACCGAGGAGCCUGAAGGAGAGAGAGGGGGACACGCAGAUCAACUUACCUACAAACUACGUGAGCUGGCCAGGCAGGUCAGAGCCAACCAGUUCUCGUCGACCGAAGACGAACUCGAUCGACUAGGUCUUAACGAGGAAGAUAUGGAGCGAGGGGGGGAGGAGGGGAGCGAGCGGGAGUGGGACGGGGAGAAAGAGGAGAUGAGGUCGAAACUUUACCGGCUGGCUAAGCAGGUGGACGCCUCCCAGUGCUCCUCCACGGAGGACGAGUCGGACAGAGCGGGUCCAGAGUCGGAGGGAGAGGAGGGCGGGGAGGGGGGAGGGGGGGAGAGUGAGAAGCUCCUGGAAGAAGGGUCGUUGUGGGAGAUGGAGGCAGAGAAGAAGGAGCUGGCUUCUAAAGUCCGAGACUUGGCAAGUCUCGUGAGCGCUUCUCAGUUCUCCUCGACAGAAGACGAGCUGGACAGGAUGGGAGAGGAAGAGAAGGAGCAAGAGAGGAAGGACAGGGAGAGGCUCUGGUUCAUGGGGGUAAAUAUGGAGGAAGAAAGAGGCAGAGGGAAGAGGGAGGAGAGGAGAGACAGCAUCGGAAAACUGGACGUGGGGCUGUUUGACUUUGACGACGGGGACAAGGUCGAAGACGGAGAGAGGGCGAUGGACUCGGAGGUGGGUGGAGACCAAAAGGACACGAGACGUGGAUACACACCUGUGGAGAGAGAGCAGGAGAUGAGAGGUGACCUGGCCGCACGACGGGAAAAACAAGAAGAAACACACGAGUCAGAUGAGACGGACGAAUCCUCAACCCAAAAAGGAGAAAGUCUCCCAAGAGCAGAACACGGACACACUGACGAAGGGCGAGCGAGCAUGAAAGGAGCCCCCGCGACUGAGAGAGAGGAAAGACAGGCGGGUGAGACAGGAGACCCCUCGGAGGAAAGGCCUGAGCUGCGGAGAACAGUCAGCGAGGAGGGAGUCAUGGAGUUUGACAGGAUCAUCAGCAGCAUAACGUUGGCCCUGGAUGAGGUGGAAGGGGAGAGAGACCCCUACGCAGAGUGGGAGAGAGAGAGACACGAGGACACGGAAGGAAGGACGGGUGAAGGAGAAGCGGAGGAGGACGAUGGGAACAAGGUGGGCAGAGAAACAGAAUCUAGCCGCGUCUCUGUCGAAGAAACUCACGAGAUGGCAGUUUGGUCAGAGGGACAGAGAGACACAGUGGAUCUGUCCGGACAGAAUGUUAUGGAUGGAGAGAACGUUUUGGGAAAAAAGGAGCAUGACAGUAAAGAAAAGGAAAGGAUGGAGCAUGAGUCGACGCAGUCAACAGCAGAACAGCAGAAUACAGAGAAGAGAAUAAAAGACAUAUCAGCAAUGGCAGAAAAAGACACUUGUCAGGAGACCGAGGAUGACAAAACGUACAGAGUUGUAUUUAAAAGGGUCGAGGUGGUGGAGGAAGAGAGAGAGGAAAAACAAGACAAGGAGAAAGAGGACAUGACUGCGGAAGGAAGUGACAUAAAUCUGGCAAAGAGGGAGGAAGAAGAAGCUCUCGGAGAAAGCGACAAUAAGAAUAAAUGUAAGAAUACAGAGGAGAGAGAGGAAGAUGUGGAAGACAACAGGCCUACAGAGCUGCAGGACAGCGCCCCCUCUGUUCAGGGGGACUUACUGUCUCCAGAAGAGAUACAGAAUAGGUACUCGGCGGUGUCCCUGCGCAGCAUCACCACCGAGGUGCUGAAGGUGCUGAACGCUACAGAGGAGCUCCUUCAGGGGAUGAAGGGCAGCGACUUGGCCAGCGGGGACCACCAGCCCCCAGCUGCCCCCCGGCUGCCCCCCAACACCGACAUCAAGAAACUGGAUGAGCAGCUGGGCAGGAUGGAGGAGAACGUUUAUGUGGCAGCGGGGACAGUUUAUGGCCUUGAGGCGGAGCUGGGUGACCUGGAGGAGUGUGCCAGGGGCGUCAGUGCCGCCACCUCCGAGAACGAACUGGCUUUCCUGGAGGACCAGGUGGCCUCGGCCGCAGCCCAGGUGCAGCAGUCUGAGCUACAGGUGUCCGACAUCGCGGCGAGGAUCGCAGCUCUGAAGAACGCCGGCCUCGACGUGAUACCUCAGACCCGCUUCGUCAAGCCCAAGACCCAACCACAAACCCUGGAUUCAUCUCGACAAUUCAGGAGGCGACUGCCAGCUCCGCCACUCAAAGAUAAGGAGACUUAGAGCUGGACGCAGGAGCACUGGCCCCAGACGCUGGGUCAUCCACACUCCUGACCUGUCAGUUCCCCACAGUAGUGCCUUGAAGCCUGAAUCUGCCGCCAGGAUGUGUCGUAAACAACGUACUCACAAGAUGGCUGCUGCUCACCCUAGGGCCACCAUCUGCCUUAAUACUCCACCUUCAGGAACCUUCAGGAACCUUCAGGAACCUUCAGACACCUCAGCAACUGUGGGAUGGUGUUUUACUAGUCAUAUUAUUUUCAGCCACUGUGUGUGGACAAGAGUUCCUUUAAAAAGAAGAUUAAAGAGAGGAACAAUUAUGUAAAAAAUAGAAAGAGUAAUGCCAUAGUGUUCAUCGCCAACUUGCUGCUGAGUUUAAUGUCUGUUGCUGUCUAUUAGUUGACCAAUCAGUGUCAUAUUUAUUUGAGAGGAUCAUCACUUCUGACACAACCGAACAAAACUGUGUGGUAAUUUGCUGGAAACUGUGAUUAUUACAUGAUUUGUGAUUCUUUAAUGAAUAAACAUACACUUCAUCACG